AUGUGAUCUGGAAACAGCUGUUUUGUGGGGUGUUUCAGUUAGGAAUAUUGCAUGCAGUUACCUUUCGAAUAUUUGUUAUUUAACUAACAUAGGUUACUACGUUUGGGACUCAAAUGAAAUGGCAUGCACAUUAGAAAAGGUACUUGGUGAUGCCCGUACCCUACUGGAGCGGCUGAAAGAGCAUGACACAGCGGCGGAGAGUUUAAUCGAGCAGUCGGGAGCACUUAGCCACAGGGUUCACAGCAUGAAGGAAGUUAGUAACGCACUCCCAGAUAAGUACAUAGAGGAGAGUUGUGAAUUGCAGGAGCUGUCGAGGUACAAGCCACACGUACUUCUUGCUCAGGAAAACACGCAAAUCAAAGAAUUGCAGCUGGAGAAUAGAGAGCUCUGGCUAUCUCUAGAGGAACACCAGUAUGCACUGGAACUGAUCAUGGGUCGAUACCGCAAACAAAUGCUUCAACUGAUGAUGGGGAAGAAGAAACUUGAUACAAAACCUGUGUUAAAUCUUCACAAGGACCAUGCCAAGGAGGUGCAAGGCCAGCUGGAGAGGAUAUGCGAGAUGGGCCAAGUGAUGAGAAAAGCCAUUCAUGUGGACGACCAGCACUACUGUUCUGUGCAGGAGAGACUUGCACAGCUUGAGAUUGAGAAUAAGGAACUUCGAGACCUCCUGUCCAUCAGUAAGAGUUCUAUAAAAGCACAAAGGGAAGAAGAAGGUCAGCCAGAGCCUCAGGCAAGUCUCUGUGACCAGUAGUGGGGUUGCACCGAGGUCAUUUCUGUGGAGGUAGAAUUCCAAGCUGCCAAGAACACCUGGUUUGGCUAAAACGCCAGGUUAGAAUCCAUCCACCACAGGUCUUAAAUAUAUGUGUUUGGAUGUUUCCUUCAACACCUUAGUGCUGUUCCAUUUGGAUUUGAGGUACAGGUGCAUGUCUGUCUUUUUUUUCUCAGGAAAUUCAAUCACGCUCUUGACGGUCGAAUCACUGACCUUUGGCCAUUGUUAAUACAAAUGCGUUGUUAUUUUUCUGGAUGUUUUGUACUUGUCUUCAAUUAUUCCCAUGCUGGUGUACUGUCAUCAUCUAAAUCUCCUUACCGAAGAUGACUUCACAAACUUCACAUGUAGCCUGAAGUUGGUUGGACAAACUAUUUAUGAGACUGCCAUUCAACAUCAAAUUUAAAACAAAGAAUGAAAAACAAAACAAAGAACACUGAACCGGUGUGUAUUCAUAGAUGUAAUAUAAUUGUAAUUACAGAACCCUCUGGCCUAAAGAUUUGAUGAUUGUAGACAUGUAGACAGAAAUACGUUUCUCAAUAUUUUGAUGCAUCUAGUAGGUCAAACAUAUCAACAUGUCAUGUAAGGCCUACAGUUUUUUUACAUCUGUGUAAUGUCCAGGAUGGAGGGUGUGUAUUGUUUUUUUAAUAGAGUAAAUGGAAGAAAAUUAUGUACGUCUCAUCUCAGGAAUGCUGAUAUCAUUCAGAAUAGUAAUGCUAGUGUAGUGUUAUGAAUAAUAAUAGUUAAUGUGGAACUAAUGUGGAUUAAUCAUAGCAACCAGGACAGGAUGGCAUAUUAAAGGUGAAAGCAAAAAAACAAGCCUUUACACGUGUUGUACAUUAUGAUACAAAUAAACGUAUUGACAUAA